AUGGCAACUGCGGCUGGGCCUGCGACAGCCUACGAAAGCCCGACUUUUGAUCGAAAUGUAUCGAUCGAAGUCGAUGAUGAUAUCGGCGCGGCCUCCAUCUCACCGGCAGGCCGGGACGUGGUGCUGGCCAGCAGGACAGGACUGCGCAUCCUAGAUCUCGAUAACUUGUACACUCCGCCACUUUUCAUUGCCAAUCAAUCUUCCUGGGAUGUUGCGGACGUCCAGUGGUCGCCGUUUGCCGCGCGCGCAGAAUGGAUCGCGUCGACUCGUAAUCAACUCGCCCUCGUCUACAAUCUUUCCAUGCCACACAACUCCAAGAAAGCUCCUAUCGAGUAUACACUACGAGCCCAUGACCGCGCCAUUACCGACAUUAAUUUCUCCGCCCAUCAUCCGGAUCUUCUUGCCACUUGCGGUAUUGACAGUUUCGUCUUCGUCCACGACUUGCGUUCUCAGCGAGCACCCCUGAAGCUUGCAGACUUCACAGCAGGCGCGACGCAGGUGAAGUGGAACCGUCAGAAUGACAAGAUUAUCGCCAGUGCACACGACAAGCACCUCCAUAUUUGGGAUGUUCGCAAAGGUGCUACGCCGCUCACCACCAUCGUGGCGCAUAGCACCAAGAUCUACAGUAUCGACUGGAACCGCUCUGAUCCUUCCAAGAUAUUGACAUGCUCGCUCGAUUCGACUAUCAAGCUCUGGAAUCAUGUCGGCAAGACUGCUACGACGAACACUCCUCGACGCGUUAUUUACACGAACUAUCCAAUCUGGAGAGCUCGCCACACGCCUUUCCCCCAUGGCAUAAUUGCUAUGCCUCAGCGCGGAAACUCCAGCUUAUGGCUCUACAAGCAUGUCAACGACAGCAAUAGGGAGACCUUCACCAACGAAGCUGUUCAUGAGUUCCGUGGACAUAAGCCCGAUGCCCAGGUUCGAGAAUUCUUAUGGCGUGUCAGAGGUGGCACAGAUGACUAUAUUGACGAUAGAGAAUUUCAACUAGUCUCUUGGGGCACGGAUAGAUUUUUGCAUCUUCACCGCAUGGGACCGGAACUCCUAGAUAAGUCUGUUGGUUUUCGAAAGGGUGAGCCGCGUCUUGAAGCACCCAAUCUCAUGCGCAGAGGGGCAGCCUAUGUCACAUAUCGCGAUGGUCCCAUACCUACGCAAACAACCAACGCCCAAGGCGAGAUCACAUCACCACGCGUACCACCGAAGGGCAACCUGUCUACCCUCCUCCAGAACUAUUUCCCCCACAACGAUGUCUUCAGCUCGCGGCACGCUGGCGAUAUCCGAUCUCAAGCUAAAGUCGAGACACAGGCAGCACGAGAGACGAUGACUACUGUUCCAAUACGGCGCAACAAGUCUCGGGUAGUCACUCAAAUCAAAUGGAUGGAUGGCGUCAAGUUCGGUGGUCAGCAUGACAAAACUGACGAGAUACCGACUCGCCCAGAAGAAAAGUAUCAUGAAGACAAGAGCUCCAACCAAGAACAGGCUGACCUAGGAGCUGAGAUCUCGCAGGUUGGCAGCAAGUACAAAAAACUGGACUUCGAGAACAUUGAUGUACCGAAUCGUCUUUUGACAGUUACAUUCAAUGGGCCCUGGGGUGAUUACGAUCAGGCCAUCGACGAAGUCAAGCUUGUAUUUCUGCGACUGACCAUCAGAUUCCCGGCUGAGUAUCCGAGGGCCGUAGAGACUGAGACCGAUGUCGGUCUAAUUAGGACAACAACGCCUUUAGAGAUCGAGUUCGAAAAGACCACAGCCUCCAUACCGAAGGAAAACCAAGAUGAUUUGGUCGAACGCAUGAAUCAAAUCGCUGAAACAUGCGCAAAUCAGGAACGUGAGGCAUUGGAAGCUGUCCUCUCGUAUGCCCUCGGGGAACGUGGAUUCCAGAACAGUCUUCAUCUACCGGAAGACCACCAUUCAUCGGACGAACUCGACAACUUACCAGGGGAAGAGAGUUCCAGUGAAGACGACGAGAACGAGGGCGAGUACACUAAUGAUGCCAUGAAAUCAUCUCACACCAACGCCAACGUACCGCUACCCGUUCAGUGUUCUGUUCGUUUCUCUGCUUCUGGAUCGCUUGUAGUGGCUAGAGUGCCAUUAGUACGGAUGCCACCACUUCUGACUGCUAGUCCAUUUCGCAUGACCAGAAGCCUUCGACAUGGACCUGCCAAGGACGACAUAUUCGAUUCAUUCGGUCGCUUUACGACUCAGCAUGCCGAGGACUCAGAUGUGGCAUCUUCGCCUGGGUCCUCUGAGGCUUCAUGGGAGUCAUCGAGCUCACCAUCUUCUGCAUCGGGUUCAGAGCCCAUGGUUGAAGCUCACCUGGGCACUUUCCAGCCGCCCAUGGCAUGGCAGAAAGCAGGAGCCAGAUUUCAGUCCCGAAAUUCUCUACCUUCGUCAAAUGGGGCAGGAAAACCAGCAGCCAGGAACAGAUUCAUCGUUUCCAUUUUAUCCGCAGCGGUUCAAGAUCUGGUGCCCAGCAAACGAAGCCUUGCAGAGCAGUACCGGAUCUUUGGACCUGGACCGGAAGUUUGUGAGCAUAAUGCUGAUGUGGCGAAGAGGAAUGGCCUAGAUGACCUUUCAGACAUCUGGAUGCUUUGCAAGCUGAUCCUCAGCAACGAAGUGCCUCUGGAAAUACUGCCGCAACAGCACCGGAGAGAACAGGUUGUCGUACUAGCUCGGCGAGCUCUUGUGAGAAUCAAGCGUAAGGACAGUGGGCUGGACCUCCAGUUUGACGAAGCAGACACGGUCACGAACCCUCGAUUGAAAGGACGCAUUAAAUGGGGCAACCAUGCUGUUGUCUCCUGGCUUAUCCCUGCUUUGUUUGACCAUUUCGAGCGCCUCGCAGACACGCAGAUGCUUGCCCUGAUGUCCUGCAUCUUUGCAGAACCUGCUGCUCGUGAGGGAGUCACUUCAGCAAUGGCGAAGAUGAGACAAUCACACCUUCCAAUGUCCAUGACUGCACCAGCAUUCUCCCUGGAUUACUUUGCAUCUCCAGACAUAGCAUGGAGCCUGUUCAAUCCGACUAUUUCUGUCCCUUCUACCCCAUCACAUUCGCGCUUUGCUACACCGGUGAACGAGUUCGGGUGGCAGAGGCUUGCGAAAGAUCUUGAUACCUACGGUAGCCACAGUAGCUCGAACGGACCCUGGGGUAGUGAUACGAUAGCCUCUGAUCCCAUCACGCCCUACUCCACGGAUAACACUCCACCCGUCUUGUCCAGAGCUUCGACUGCGAGGAACGCCCAUACAACAACUCAUACGCCCUACUCCACUUCACCUGAGCAGAGUCACUCAAACAUCAAGCGGGCUUCGACUGCGAACUUUGCAAGCGCUGUCGCUGCUUUGUCCCGGCCGUUCGCAAAUGCCAUGUCGGCUUCGCCACCUGUGAGGUCACGCACAGAUGACCUCUCGACUUCAGCACCGACAAGUGGAGUUACGUGGGGCACUACAACGUUUUACGGCAGCGACUCCCAGGACCGCAGCACUCUUGCACCAGCGCGUAUCAAACAUCACAAACGUGCCAGUUUCGCCGAGACAGAACGUGUCAACGUAGACGAUCUGUAUGAUUCUGACAUCGAAGAAGAAAAGCUCCCCGACAGCAGCACUUUUGCUUACGAUGGAUUCUCCGAACAUAGAUCAUCCGUAGAAAGAAUAAACGGCGAUGGUGGCGACUCGGGAGGAAGGAUUAGGGUCACACUCAAAAAUCAGGAUCAGUUCGACGAUGAGUCUUGUCUCAGCAGACCCUUACUUGACAUGAGCAAGGACUGGCUGUAUCGUGCUUGGAGAGAGCAAUAUGCUGAGAUGCUGAGCGGUUGGGGACUCGUUCGCACAAGAGCUGAGGUCAUGAAGUUCAACGGACUGGUGUCCUACUUCCCACCAGAAGACUCUCGCAACAGCUCAAAGGCGGACUCGCUGCAUCUUGCGCUGAAGAAAGGAGGUGGAGAUGGGGAAGAUCAUGCCACGUCGAGACAACGCUCGAGAACGUCGACAACACUGAUGCCUCCCUCACCCGCGCCCGAGUCACGCUCGCCAGCUGCAUCUGCAAGACAGUUCUCUUUUAACCCUGAAGCGAGAGCCUUCGAACCAGGUCAAUCAGCAUUCACCCAACCUGAGGACUUGGCCGCCCCGACUGACGUCCUCAUUGCCUCAGAGAAGUAUCUGUGCCUCUCCAUACCGGCUCCUACCCCCUCGAGGGAAUUUGAUGAGAGUGUAGCUGGUCUGGGUACGUCGCCAGGGCAGACAAGUUUGCACCCUCGACAAGGCAGCAGGCCUGGCAGACCGAGUCUCUCACGUGGGACAUCGAACGUCUCUGGGUCCUCACUCUUGAUCGGCAGCCGUGCGCCUUCAAUAGCCCCUACAAAUACCACGUCCAAGCCUGCUGCAGCCGAACCUGUCUACUGUUGCGGCAUCUGCUGGAUCAAGGUCUCAGGUCGCUUCCGUCUUUGUCCCUCAUGCGGCCACGUUGCACACUUCGACUGCAUUGAUGAUGGAUUGGGCAUAGAAGAAGGUGAGUGCGUGGUCGGCUGUGGGUGCGGUUGCGGGUUCGAAGUCGAAGACGAGAGGACUAGAAUGGAGGCAUAUAUCGAUGAAGUCAGAGCCGCUACAGCUUCAGGUGUCACUUGGGAAGAUGGCGAUGCCUGGAUGCAAAUGCUGCCUCCGGAAUCAGAACUUGCAACGCCCAGCGCGUUCUCCGAGAACAGCAUGUUCGAUGGGUUCAACUGGGGAAGGGGUGUGUCAAAGAUCGCAGGCGCUGGUAACGAUAAGAGAAAGGACAAACCGAGCGGGAGAAGGAUGCCCAGCCCAACACCUACCGCGGCGAAAAAGAAGAAGGGCAAGAAGAAAGUCAGGGCUUCAGGACUGAGCUACUACUGAAGCCGAGGUUCCGUACGCCCAGCCUAACUCAGCGCGAUUAUACUCAUAUCCCAGGAGUUGGAGUUGAAGGAGGUUUCAUGUUGUUGCGAACGAUACCCA